AUGGAUCUUGCGCAGACUCUGCUCAAGAUGGUAAUGAGGGCCUUCUAUGAUACGAGGCAAAUCAUCGCAGUUGAUGCUGUGAUAACGCAUUCUUGCUUACGCGAUGACGAAUUGGCAUAUCUCGCCUCCCUCAACACGAAGGAUUUGCAUAAGCUUGUGGCGAAACUGAAAGAAGAACGCCUAUUACAUCAGUUCAAUAGGCCUGAAAUGCGUGAAGGCCAGGCCCGUCCCAUAACAAGAAUAUACUAUUAUAUCGACUACAGACAAACGAUUGACGCGAUCAAAUGGAGAGUCUACAAUAUCACCAAAGACAUCCAAGGCACAGCAGUCCCCGCAAAUCACAAAGACAUUGAUGACGUCUUCGCGAGGCUGAAAGCGGAGCAGGAGCGAAAGGAGUUGGAGGAGGACGAGUAUGGAUCAGAUGACGAGAUCGAAGAUGAGGAUGAAGAGGGUGACUUUGAGGAUGUUAUGGCCACCGGUGUCAAUUUAGGGCUUGAUACUCCAGUUGCAUUGAGCCCCGUAUCAAUCGAUGUCUCCUAG